AUGACGCCUCCGCAAAAGAUCAAGCAAUGGCUUACAGGCCAGGACGGUCUCGAUAAGCUGAGAAUGACAGAGGCAGACUGCCCAACACCAGGCGAGGACGAAGUACUGGUGGAAAUUCACUCUGUCAGCUUGAACUACAGAGAUACAGAGGUCGCAAUGGGUCUCUACAACCAUCACUCCUCCGUCGAGCACCCACCCGCAAUUGUACCAUGCAGCGACAUGUGCGGUGUCGUCGUUGCGGUUGGCCCAACAUCUUCCAACACCAAUGACCCCUUCAAGAACCCAGCCUUUCAACUCAAACAAGGCGACCGCGUCAUCAGCACCUUUGCCCCAACCCAUCUAUCCGGCCAAGUCAAAGCCUCAGACGUCGCAAAUGGCCUCGGUGGUCCCGCCCCAGGAGUCCUAACCCAGUACCGCGUCUUCCCCACGUACGGCGUGGUCAAAAUCCCAGACUACCUCUCGGCAGAUGAAGCAGCAUGUCUUCCCAUCGCCGCAAUGACGGCAUGGAUGAGCCUCAACUGCAUGCGCCCAAACGGCUCCAUCAUCAGCAAAGACGAAACAGUGGUAUGCCAGGGCACCGGCGGCGUCAGCAUCUCCGCCUGCCAAAUCGCCACCGCCGCCGGCGCAACCGCAAUCGUCACCUCGUCCUCUGACGAAAAGCUGCAGCGCGCAACGCAGCUCGGCGCCAAGACCACCAUCAACUAUCGCGCGCAACCCGACUGGGACAACGCCGUGCUCUCCGCCACCGACGGCCAAGGCGCAGACAUCAUCAUCGAAGUCGGCGGCGCACAGACGCUGCGCAAGUCGUUUGACUGCGUCCGCUUCGGCGGCUUAAUCGCUUGCAUUGGCUAUCUCUCCGGCAAACAAGAUGAUGCCUCUGAUCGCACAAAUACAAACCUACUCUGCCUCAAGCGCAAUGUCACGCUAAAGGGCAUCUUGAAUGGCCCGCGCGAUGAGUUGGAGCGCAUGCUUGCGUUUUACGAGCAAAAGCAGAUUAGACCCGUCGUUGAUCGCGUGUGGGGGUUCCAAGAGGCCGAUCAGGCGUUGCGGUAUUUGUUUAGUGGGGGGCAUUUUGGAAAGGUGGUUGUUAGGGUUAAGGAGUAG